AUGGACGGUGUAACAGCGUUCAAUCAUCCCGAAAGAGCCUUAUUUCCUACAAAGGAGAUUGAUGUUCUGGUUUGCCUUGUAGUUUGGGAUGAUCACGAAGGAAGAAUAAUUCCAGAUCCCAACCACUUCCGUGAGUUGUGGAAUGGUGAGAGUGGAACAGUCGCCAAUCCAGGGGAAUCAAUAUCUAAAUGGCUAUACUCCAACACAUAUGGGGACUUCUCGGUUCAAGCUCGCGUGGUCGACUGGCUGCCUCUCAAUCAAAGUGAAGCCUAUUGGGCCAACGGGAACAUGGGUCAUUCCAACAGCACAACAACUAUUGGGGAAGCAUUCGUUCCUGUUCUCGAAGCAGCAGCAAAUUCUGGAAUAGACCUGAGCAAGUAUGACUAUGACGACGAUCGAUCGCUGGAUAGUAUUGUUUUUGUCCAUAGUGGGUUUGCUGCAGAAUUAGGUGGAGCCGAUUGCUUUACAGGGGCGAAUCAUACAGAUCGAAUAAUAUCCAAUACAUGGGACGCUGAUAUCAAGAUUGGGUCGACUGGACUUAAGCUGGGUAGCUUCAUCACAGUUUCAGCAUUCAAUAACCUUUGUGACCUUGGUCCAGCAAAUAUUGGAAUCCAUCUACAACAAUGGUUACGUUCGCACUUUGGUCUCUCGGACACAUUCGAUUUAGGUGGAAGAUACGAAGAAAAUAGUACCGCUGUGGGUGGACUCGGCGCCUUCGACAUCAUGUCAUUUGCCGGGGGACAAAAGGGCAGGGCCGAUUUUCCUGGAAUACUCUCCCCAUAUGGGAAGAUGGAGCUUGGAUCACUCGAUCCAAUUGAGAUCACAAACGAUGGAGUGUACACUGCUCGGGCUUCUGCUCUGCAUCCUGAUGUCUACAAGAUUUCAUCACCCUAUCCUUCUGGUGAAUACUUAUUGAUUGAAAAUAGACAGCCUGUUCUUUCCGACUUGUAUCUCUGGCAACCAGGUGGAAUUGCAAUUUAUCACGUUGACGAAAACACUGGUGGGAACGGAAAUCGUGAGAGAGGAGGUCCAUUCCUUGAGGGCUGGCCAGGAAACGGAGCCCAUUACAAAGUGGCCCUAGUGCAAUCGGACGGAAAAUUCGAGUUGGAACAAGGAUUGAAUCAAGGGCACAUGGAUGACUUUUGGAAGGCCGGGGAUAUCCUUGGUCCGGGCAAUGGAGAGACCGAAGCCACAUCAGAAGGAACGUACCCAAACACUGAUUCAUAUGUGGGAGGGAAUAUCAUGGUUACUGGACUUCAAAUCGAUCAAUUCCAAGAGACGAAAGUUGGGGUGUGGAGCUUCCGUGUUAGCAACCUGGUCCCAUUUGUCCAGAACGAAACGCCAUCUGCAGAGUCACCAAACCCACCCUCGCUAGCACCCACUUUCUUGUUGGACAACAUUUUCCAAAACCCGCGAAACGGACAAGUGAAUUGCUAUGGGCCUAUCUUGAAUGAUCCCGAUUUCUACUGUGACUGUAUGGAUGAUUGCACCGCCAAAUCCAAUUACGUGUGUGCGUGUUCCGAGGCCCAAGCCUGUUGCUCUGCCUUUUUGGAAUCGCUUGAUAACUGGGACCCAUCGAUCAAUCCUAGUUCAUCACCGAGCAGACUUCCUUCAGUCCAACCAUCCAAGGUGCCAACUUUGACACCGAGCAACAAUCCGACAGGAUCUCAAGUCCCCAGUUCCAGGCCAUCAUUGCUGCCAUCAAUGAUACCAUCUUUGAUUCCCAGUUCCAUGCCAACUUCGGUACCAAGCUUCCUUCCUUCUGAAUCAAUGGUUCCUUCAAAUAUGCCAACUACGAUGAUCCCACCAAUGACUAGCAGUUCUAGCAUGGAAUCCGGUUUUAUUGUCGCAAUCGUCUUGGCUAUAUUGUUGUUGAUGGGCAUCUACAUUUUGAUUCUCUACCGACGUCUCAUGUGCAUCGAAGAAAACAACGACGAGAAUGCUACUCCAGAAGAGCGCGAUGGUAUCAUGAUGCCUUUGGAGGAAAAUCAUGAUGGAGUGUCGACCUUGACGCCCAGUCUGUUGAGCAGCAUGCCGAGUUUCAAUUCCCAUCUUGCUCGCAUGAGAUACUGGGGAUACGAUGGAUCAAACGGUUCCAUUGAUUACGAGCCCCCACCGGUGCCACCACGGCACGAUAAUUCCGCCCGCUUUUCGACGGGAUCGAGUUUGGAAAAUUAUGGAUGGUCGGUUUGA